UCUCCAGGUUCAUCCGUACCCCUCCAGCUAGGCCUGCCGUCAGCGGUGCCUCCCCAGUUCAGCUCUCUGAGAGAGGUCAGCAUGGAGGCAGUCCGGGCCAGACUACGUGUUCUUUAUCACUUCUCUGACCUCAUGUACUCUUCAUGGAGAUUACUCAACCUCAGCCCAAACAACCAGAGCUGUACGUCCCACUACAACACAGGGACGUGGGGCAUCGUCCAGGGCCAGUUGAGGCCCCUGCUGGCACCCAGAGUCUAUACUCUCCCCAUGGUGAGGUCCAUAGGGAAGACUAUGGUGCAAGGAAAGAACUAUGGACCCCAAAUCACUGUCAAAAGGAUCUCCACACG